GGUUCCCCUAAAGGGGUUCCCCUAAAGGGGAAGAACACUAAAGGGGAUGAACGAAGGGGACAACAAAGCUUUAGACCACACUCCGUUGUAAGUUCGUUAAGCCUAGUUGUAGCCAAGCGCGAAGUGGCUCAAAGGGAGCUCGUUGACCAUGACGUGUGCACUUGA